CCCCCCCCUACACACACCUCGAUCCCGCUUUUCUCCCCCCCCCCCUCCCGCGUUCUUCGCUCCGCUGAUCUGCUCGCCAUGCCACCCAAGCGUGAGAACUCCAAGGCCGUUGCCGCGCGCGAGCGCAAGGCCGCCCAGGCCGCCGAGAAGGUGGCUGCUGACGCCCGCGUUCGCGAGGCGCAGGAGGCCGCCGAAUGGAAGGUCGGCUCCAAGGACAAUUCCAAGGCCCUCGAGAAGGACGCCAAGCGCCGGGCGCAGCUCGACCGUCGCCGCGAGCGCGAGGCCCUCGAGGAAAAGGAGGCCAAUGAAGUGGUCAAGCUGAAGCCGAUCAAGAACCGCGAGCCGCGCCUGUCGCGCUCCAGCCCCCCGCCGGCGGUGGUCCCGGUCAAUCCCUCGAAGGCCAUCCUCACCGGGUCCGAGUCGUCGGCUUCGCUGGCCGCCGGGUCCGGCUCGGCCGCCGGGGUGGACGAGUUGCCGGACACCUUCGCCGCCAGUGGCAUCGACGGGGCCCUGGAGCUGCUGACCCUGGUGGAUGAGACCCGGCCCGCCGGCGGGGCGAACCAUGUCCUCACGCUGGACCGGCACCCGGAGCGUCGCGUGGCCGCCGCUUACCGGGCCUUCGAGGAGCGCGAGCUGCCGGCCCUGCGCAAGGAGUUCCCCUCACUGCGGCGCACGCAGCUGCUCCAGCGCUGCCGCGAGAUGUUCGACAAGUCUCCGGAAAACCCCAUGAACCAGGCCUCCCUGGCGUACAAUGCCACCCCGGAGGAGGCGCGCCAGGCCACCGAGGCCCUGCGUGCCAGCAAGCUGGAGGGCUACCGCCACUGACCGGGGCGGGGUGUGCUGCUUUGGGCUGCCCUCUUUGCCGUUCCACCUCCCCCCAGCCCUUCCCUCUCCCUGCUCGUCUUCCGGGACUGUGUGCCCUUCUCCCCGGAGGUGGGCUGCCUGCUUGCCCUUUUCCCUCCUCCGCUGGUGUCCUCCUCCGAGGGAGGAUGGGGCGCAUUAUGUGUCCCAUGCGCCGGGUCCCGCGCCCACCGGUGCGGUGAGAGGGGGGAUAUGAGACCCGGGAGGGAUUGAUCCAAAAUGCACGUGUCUUGUUUGUCC